AGACCUUAGUGAAGCAGCUGUCUUCCUAUGAAAUCGUCACACCUGUCCGAGUGAAUGAAUUUGGAGAAGUUUUCCCUCACACGCAUCACUUCAGCAGGUGAAAAAGGAUUGGCGAGGACAAAAACUUCCGAACGCAUUACCGGCUUAGCGCCUACGGGCAGGUCUUCCGGCUCAACCUGAGCGCCGAUGCCGGCUUCGUCGCUGCUCAGUACGCUGUGGUGCACGUCGGGGCCCCGCAGAAGCAGACCUCCCCUGAUCUGCGCCACUGCUUCUACCGUGGGCAUGUCAAUGCGCAGGAGACGCACAUGGCCGUCUUCAGCAUCUGCGGUGGCUUGAUGGGCACCUUUAAGGCACACGAUGGUGAAUAUUUUUUAGAACCUCUGAUGAAAGCAGAUGGAGGUGAACAUGAAGAUGAGCAUAACAAACCACAUCUUAUAUACAGGCAUGAAGAACUUAAAAAAAACUUUCAGAAAUCUGAUAAACUGUGUGAAGUUUCAGAUAAAGAGGUGAAGAGCACUUUACUACACCCAGUCUUCAGCAGUUUAAAUCAAGAGAGCAAUGUUUUACAGAAGUCUCCCAGUUUAAAGUACGCUUUAAAUAACUUGUCUACAGAGGAUGCUGGCAAUCCACAUUCCAGGAAAAAACGUUUUCUUUCCUAUCCAAGAUAUGUAGAAGUGAUGGUUACAGCUGACAACAAAAUGGUUCGUCACCAUGGGCAGAAUUUGCAGCACUACAUAUUAACACUGAUGUCAAUAGUUGCAGCAAUCUAUAAAGAUUCAAGUAUUGGAAAUCUUAUAAAUAUAGUUAUUGUAAAAUUAAUUGUAAUUCACAAUGAACAGGAAGGACCAGCUAUCACUUUUAAUGCCGCUACCACUCUUCGUAAUUUUUGCUUAUGGCAGCAAGCACAGAACACUUUGGAUGAUGCUCACCCUUCUCAUCAUGAUACUGCUGUUCUUAUUACUAGGGAAGAUAUCUGCAGAGCUAGAGAGAAGUGUGAUACACUUGGUUUAGCAGAGCUAGGGACAAUGUGUGACCCACUGCGCAGCUGUUCUAUAAGUGAAGAAAAUGGGCUGAGUGCCGCUUUUACCAUAGCGCAUGAGCUUGGACACGUAUUUAAUGUGCCUCAUGAUGACAGUUUUAAAUGUAAAGAAGCUGGAAUUAAACAUCAAUACCAUGUGAUGGCUCCAACUUUAAAUUACCAUACAAGUCCAUGGACCUGGUCAAAAUGCAGUCAAAAAUACAUCACUGAAUUUCUUGAUACGGGCUAUGGUGAAUGCCUCCUAGACAAACCUAGUGGAAGAAUAUAUGAUCUUUCUUCUCAGCUGCCUGGGUCAAUGUAUGAUGUCAACAAGCAGUGUGAACUUAUGUUUGGUCUUGGCUCACAAGUGUGCCCGUAUCUGAAACAAUGCAAACGCUUAUGGUGCACAAGCACAGAAGGUGUUCACAAGGGUUGCCGUACUCAGCACAUGCCUUUGGCUGAUGGAACAGCUUGUGGUGUGGGAAUGCACUGCCGCCAUGGAAUUUGCGUGAGCAGAGACAUGGAGAUGCGUCCUGUAGAUGGAGAAUGGGGACCAUGGGGACCUUAUAGCUCAUGUUCAAGAACUUGCGGAGGUGGAAUCAAGAGCACCACCAGGCUGUGUAAUAGACCAGAACCAAGAAAUGGAGGGAAGUACUGUGUUGGCCGCAGGAUGAAAUUUCGGUCCUGUAAUACUGAUUCAUGUCCAAAAGGCAGAAAAGAUUUCCGUGAGCAACAGUGCUCUGAGUUUGAUGGCAAACACUUCAAUAUCAAUGGUCUUACAUCUGCUGUCCGUUGGGUUCCAAAAUACAGUGGUAUUUCUAUGAAAGAUCGCUGUAAGCUUUUUUGCCGAGUUUCUGGAACAACUUCCUACUAUCAGCUGAAGGACAGAGUUGCUGAUGGUACUCCCUGUGGAGCAGAAACCAAUGACCUUUGUGUUCAAGGCUUAUGCAGGCAAGCAGGCUGUGAUCAUGUUUUGAAUUCCAAGGCAAGGAGAGACAAAUGUGGAAUCUGUGGUGGUGAUAAUUCUUCAUGUAAAACACUUGCAGGUACUUUCAACAGUGCUCGUUAUGGUUACAAUGUUGUAGUAAAUAUUCCCAAAGGAGCAACAAACAUUGAUAUUCAGCAGCACAGCUACUCAGGGAAACCGGAAGAUGACAACUACCUUGCUUUAUCUGAUAUUCAUGGAAAUUUUAUCUUGAAUGGAAAUUUUGUUGUAAGCAUGUCAAAAAGAGAAAUCAAUAUACAAGGAGCCAUUUUUGAGUACAGUGGUUCAAACAAUACGAUAGAGCGAAUUAACGGCACCGAUCGAAUUGAAGAAGAGCUAACCUUACAGGUGUUUUGUGUGUAGGGAAAAAAUUUAUACACCCCUGAUGUGCGUUACACAUUCAAUGUCCCAAUAGAAGGUGGAAGCGAUCUGUUUAUGUGGGAUCCUUAUGGACCCUGGCAAGACUGCAGCAGGAUGUGCCAAGGUAUCCGAAGAAGAAGAAUGACAUGCAUACGUAAAAGUGAUCAUGUGGUAGUGUCUGAUCAAAGAUGUGAACUUAUACCCACUGUACCAGCUGUCUUUGAGGAGUGCAAUACAGAGUGUGAAUUAAGGUGGCACAAUGUUGGCAAAAGUGACUGCACAUCAAAGUGUGGCCCAGGGUAUCGAUCGCUAGAGAUCCACUGCAUGAAGUACUCUAUUCCAAAGGGACUCAGUGCUCCAGUGGAUGAUAAGUACUGUGCUGAUCAGCAGAAACCACCAACCAGAGAGCCCUGCCAUGGUGACUGUAUGUUGACAAGCUGGCACUACACAGAAUGGUCAGAGUGUUCCAGGAGCUGUGAAAGAGGCAUCAGAACCAGAGAAGCUUUUUGUAUGAACAAUUUGGGUCGUCAUCUUCCUGAUAGAGAAUGCCAGGAAUUUCCCAGAGUUGUAACACAGAGUUGCAAUGAGUUCUCAUGUCCAAGCUGGUCUGUUAGUGAGUGGAGUGAGUGCCCUGUGACAUGUGGCAAAGGAAUGAAGCAUCGCCAAGUAUGGUGCCAAUUUAAUGAUGAACAACUAAGGGAUGAUUUCUGUAAUCCAAAUGAUAGACCAGAAUCAAUAACAUCGUGUGAGCUUCAUGAAUGUGCAGCUUGGGAAGUGGGGCCUUGGGGAUCAUGUGCUGUAACAUGUGGACGUGGAUACCAGAUGCGUGCAGUCAAAUGUGUUACUGUGACAUACAGAGUAAUUUUGGAUGAUGACAGGGAAUGUAAUGCUGCUACUCGUCCUAGAGAUAACCAAGAAUGUGAAUUGCCCUCUUGUCCAGAAACUACAAAACUAUGGACAACAUCAGUUCCUCUGGUUCAUGUGGGGAAGGUGACCCAAUGGAGAUACGGAUCAUGGACCCCAUGUUCUGCAUCCUGUGGGAAGGGCGAUCGUGCUCGCUACGUGAGCUGUAGAGAUGCUCAUGGAGGAAUAGCAGAUGAAUCCUUCUGUGCUCAUUUACCACGACCAGCUGAAGUUUCAAGCUGCUUUAGCCCGUGUGGAGAGUGGCAAGUUGGAAAUUGGUCCCCUUGCACAGUUACGUGUGAUAGUGGAGUAGUAACAAGACAAGUUAUCUGUGUCAACUAUCAUCAACAAAUCAACGAGAAUUACUGUGAUCCUGAAGGCCGACCUUCUGAGGAACGAGAAUGUAACAUGCCACCCUGUCCACCAGUUUACCAUCAUAUUCCGAAAAUCCAUGACCAUCCAAGCCAAUUCCCAGAAAUAGGUUACCUUCCCAUACACCACCCACAAGACAAUAUGAACCAAUGGAACCGUCCAUCUGUGGGAGGAUAUCAGUGGAGAACUGGACCCUGGGGAGCAUGCUCUAGUACUUGUGCAGGUGGAUUUCACCGUCGAGUUGUAGUAUGUCAAGAUGAGGAAGGAAGAAGUGCUAGUUAUUGUGAUGAGGCCACAAAACCUCCAGAGUCAAGACACUGUGAUUCUGGACCCUGCCCACGGUGGAACUAUGGGAACUGGGGAGAAUGUACUCAAACUUGUGGAGAUGGAAUAAAGACAAGAUUGGUGAUUUGUCAGCUUCCUACUGGCCAAAUGUUGGGUGAUCAAAACUGUGAGAUUCUAGACAAGCCACCUAAUAUGGCCCAGUGUAAUGUGCAUUCUUGCCCUGGUGAUGUUUCAUGGCAUCGGGGACCGUGGAAAUCGUGUUCUGUUUCCUGUGGAAAAGGUUUGAAGUUCCGUGAUGUGCACUGUAUUAAUAGCUUCCAGGCUAAAAUGGAGGAAGGAAACUGCAGACAUUUAAAAAAACCAAGGAUGUACAAAACAUGUCGAGCUGGAAGAUGCCCUGCUUGGGAGGUCAGCAGAUGGAAUGAGUGUUCCGUAUCCUGUGGAGUAGGAAUUCAGCAAAGGGACAUCUCCUGUCAGCUGAAGGGCCUGGGACAAGUGAGUGAAGCAAUGUGUAAUCCUGAUACUCGGCCCACUGCCAAGAGGCAUUGCUGGCUGCCUGCCUGCCUGCAGUACCACUGGCUGGCAGAUGAAUGGGAAGAUUGCUCAGCAUCAUAUAGAAAAAAGGAAGUUUACCGCAAGGUUAAGUGUGUGGAUGAAACCCAGCUCCAAGUGGAUGAAAGGUUCUGUGAUCCUGACACAAAGCCUCCAUCAACUAAAAACUGCUGGAUACCUCCCUCUAAAUAUGUUGUGCUCACAAAAGAACUGUCACAGUGCUCAGCCAGCUGUGGGUUUGGUUACCAGCAGAGGAUCACGUAUUGUGUUGGAAUCCAUUCUGUUAAAAAUCAGCGUGCCCGUGGCCUUCGAACUGUAACGUACCAAGAGUGCCCAGUAGAGCCAUCCCCGUACAUUAACAGAUGUAACGUUGAAGGAUGUGCACAUGCUGCUACCUGGAGAGUGGGGAGGUGGACCAAAUGCUCAGUGUCUUGUGGAGUGGGGGUAAAGGAGAGAACCGUGGAAUGUAUGACUGAAAAUGGUUUAUCCAGUGACUUGUGCCUGCCACAUUUAAAACCAGAUGCCAGAAAGAUCUGCCGUGAGGAAGAAUGUGAAAUUUUUACCAACUGCAAAGAUAUCCAGAUGAAAAAAAGGAUUAGAAAGGAUGGUGAAUACCUACUUAACCUUAAGGGAAGGAUGAUAAAGAUUUAUUGCUCAGGCAUGCACUUAGAGAAUCCCAAAGAAUAUCUGACAUUGGUAAAAGGUGAAGCAGACAACUUUUCUGAAGUAUAUGGAUUCAGGCUGCAGAAUCCAUAUGAAUGCCCUUUCAAUGGAAGCAGAAGGCAAGACUGUGCCUGUCGAAAUGAUUACCUUGCAGCCGGAUUCACAGUUUUUAGCAAAAUAAGACUUGAUGUGGCUUCCAUGCAAAUUAAAACCACAGAUUUUCUUUUUGCCCAGACUAUACUUGGGAGAGCAGUUCCAUUUGCUACAGCUGGAGAUUGUUACAGUGCUGCCAGAUGUCCACAGGGGCAGUUCAGCAUUAAUUUGGCUGGUACAGGUCUGAGGCUAUCCAGUACAGUUAAGUGGAUUGCUCAGGGGAACUAUGCAGUUGCUGACAUACACAAAUCCCAUGAUGGUACUAAAAUAUAUGGAAGAUGUGGAGGAUUUUGUGGAAAAUGUAUUCCUAACACAAUUAUUGGUCUCCAACUUCAAAUACAGGGAGAACUCUGA